GGCCCCGUAUCCGCAAGCGCUCCGUACCGUAGCCGCGCUACCAGUUUAGAUUGAGCAGUUGUCGUCUCUGCCAGUACUCUCUUUGCUUUUCAUCGCGUGCAACAGUGACACAAGAUGUCGGACGUUUCACCCAGUGAAGAGAAAAUAAAGAACAUCUGUAUUGAGACCGAAAUUCUGGAGAGGGCUUUGCUGUAUCAGGCACAGCAUGCUGUAGCCAGUGAAGAAAGACUCAAUGGGUUUAAGAAAGCCAAUGAUGCGGUAAAGCUGCUGAGAAAAAAUAUCACUGAUUCAGAAGCUCUCCAUAAAGAGGUACUUGAUGAGAUGGAGGCUGCUCUAGGGAGGAAGGAUGAGGAGACUCAGGCUUUAAUAAGGAGGAAGGAUUGUGAGUCUCAGGCUGCUCUAGGGAGGAAGGAUGAGGAGUUGAGGAUAAUGAGGGAGUACGUGGAAGGGAUUAAGAAGGAGAGGGAUGCAGCACUGAAACAACGUGAUGCCCUCAACAAGAACUUGAUGGCCCACAUCGACCGCAUAGGUCCUCUGCUGCGCAAGGGUAGAAAUGCCGACUAGACUCUAUAUGCCUCUGACCAGAAUGGAUAAUAGAAAUUGUUUAACAAUUCCAAUAAUCAGUUAUAGUGAGACGCACUUCUCCAUGCUGUAGUACCCCUUGUUGUAACUCAUCUAAAACCUAUCUGAUGAUUCAUCAAAGAAAAUGGAAACUUCAGACAGACCUUUCCAGAUGCAAGCAGCAAUUUUUAUUAUCCAUUCAUCCCUGAGAGGCAUCUGAGAUACUGGCCAAUAACUGAUCAAACAUUCUUCCUUUAAGUGCACAUGACACCAAAAUAUGACCUUAGCUGAUUGUAAUUGACAUAACUAGUAUAACUUGGCUAACACAUGGCAGACACAUCUACAAUAAAUAUGCACGGUUUUCCUGUUACAUUCCAAAUUCUAAUGCCCUGCCUUGGAGUCAGCACAAGCCAGUACUGGCAGGUGAUUUGCAUCUCUACAUUUUAUUUUUGAAUGUCUGUAUUUUUUCCUGAGCUAAUGUCACCCAGUGAUGGUUAUAAGAUGUGCAUAAGGGUGUACCUAAAUGGGGACGGUAUGGGGAAGGGUACCCACUUGUCCCUGUUCUUUGAAGUCAAGCGGGGAGACUAUGAUGCCCUACUGCCCUGGCCCUUCAGACAGAUGAAAUGGGUAUAAGAUGUGUGCUCGAGUGUACCUAAAUGGGGACGGUAUGGGGAAGGGUACCCACAUGUCCCUGUUCUUUUUAGUCAUGCGGGGAGACUAUGAUGCCCUACUGCCCUGGUCCUUCAGACAGAUGAAAUCAUUAUAAGAUGUGUGCUAGAGUGUACCUGAACGGAGACAGUAUUGGGAAGGGUACCCACAUGUCCCUGUCCUUUGUAGUCAUGCGGGGAGACUAUGAUGCCCUACUGCCCUGGUCCUUCAGACAGAUGAAAUCAUUAUAAGAUGUGUGCUAGAGUGUACCUGAACGGGGACGGUAUGGGGAAGGGUACCCACUUGUCCCUGUUCUUUGUAGUCAUGCGGGGAGACUAUGAUGCCCUUCUGCCCUGGUCCUUCAGACAGAUGAAAUGGGUAUAAGAUGUGUGCUCGAGUGUACCUGAAUGGGGAUGGUAUGGGGAAGGGUACCCAC